UUAUUCGGAGUGGGUUUUUAAUCAAUAUAGACAAGCACUUUAAGUAUAUGCCAUUUACCAUUUAUCAGGUUGAAAAGUGCUGAAAUCCCCCAUAAAGUUAAGAGAGACAUGCUUUACUUUACUUGUAAGAGCCGCCUCUGUUGGUAUUGCCAUUAACUUUCCAUAAGUACAUAUUUUUCUUUUCGUUUUUUUUGUAUGAAGUAUCCAGGGACAGUUUGGACCCUCUCUGUUUCCUUUCACUAUAAGAAGAAGCAGGAAAUGUUUCGUUUUUUUUUUUUUGUUUCCUUCUUGUUCUAUUUUUCUGUGGGCUUGCUCCCAACUCUCAUUUUUUGUCAGGUGUAACACAAUCCCAGUGCAAAUUCCCUACUGAGGAAAAAAAAAAAAAAUGAAAGAACAUCUUCCCAAAUACACCCUUUUAUUUUGUCCUGUUCCCUCUUCUUACCAGGUGCCAUUCACACCAACCUGCCUCUCCACCAGUCUAUACUGGUUGACAGACUCAGUCCACCACACCUAUGAAAACUCCCUUCCAGAGUGCUGGAGGUGGAGUGCGCUUCCACCUCUUAUCUCAUCAGCGAUGUGCAGCUGUAAGCAAGACAGAGCAGCGCAAAGGAAUGAAUUCCCAAAGAGUGAGGAGAGCAGGAAAUAAUUCAGCAGCAUCAGAAGGGGUGGCAGCAGUGAGCGUGAGAGAGAUGGAGAAGGGAGAAUGUGUGUGAGAGAGAGGAUGCCUGUGUGAGAGCGAGUUCCAAUGCACUGUGGCGAGCGUAGCUGAGCUGUGCCGUCGCAUGGCGAGCUGUGUGUUCCCGUCUGCUUGCCGCGCGCUCUGGUGAGGCAGAGCUUUGCAGGGAGGAGAGAGAUGCCGCUUCACUCGGAUCACCAGCAUCAGUGAAAACCAGCACCUGGCCGGGGUAUCACAAUGCACCAUGGUAGGUCGAGGGACCCCUUGCUGACACCAGCGUGACUGAUUAUGACAGCCCACGCGUGGGUUACCAGGCGCCCCAGUCGCGCCGCCGUGGAAGGAAACAGAGCCAUGUGAAAGUGACUUGGCUGCCUGCAACUCUUGGACAUGUUUUCCAGGGCAAACUCUGGAUUUUUCUCUGUGUUUGAACUUGUUUUUUUACUUUUGGUGCUCUCUGGAUGCCCCAAACUCACCUGUCAGGCGAGGAAUAAAGGCAGAUGGAACAAGGGGGGAUCCCGUCUACGCCAAGAGGAUUCCCCACCCAGGAUAGUGGAGCAUCCCUCAGACUUGAUAGUAUCCAAAGGGGAACCCGCCACACUCAACUGCAAAGCGGAGGGGCGGCCGCCCCCAACGGUGGAGUGGUACAAGGACGGGGAGCGGGUAGUAACGGACAAAGAUGACCCACGUUCGCACCGUAUGCUGCUUCCUACUGGCUCGCUAUUCUUCCUUCGCAUUGUUCACGGACGACGGAGCAAACCGGAUGAGGGAUCGUACGUCUGCGUGGCCCGGAACUACCUGGGAGAAGCCGUCAGCCGCAACGCCUCUCUGGAAGUAGCAUUGCUGCGAGACGAUUUCCGACAAAACCCCAUUGACGUGGUGGUGGCCGCAGGAGAGCCCGCCAUCCUGGAAUGUGUUCCUCCAAGAGGCCAUCCUGAACCCACCAUCUACUGGAAGAAGGACAAAGUACGAAUCGACGACAAGGAUGACAGAAUCACUAUUCGUGGAGGGAAGCUCAUGAUCUCCAACACCAGAAAGAGUGAUGCCGGCAUGUACAUCUGUGUGGGAACCAACAUGGUCGGAGAACGGGAAAGUGAGACAGCCCAGCUAACUGUGUUUGAGAGACCCACCUUCAUUCGUCGGCCGAUCAACCAGGUGGUCCUGGAGGAGGAACUGGUAGAGUUCCGCUGCCAGGUACAAGGAGACCCCCAACCCAAUGUCCGCUGGAGGAAGGAUGACGUCGACGUUCCUCGAGGGAGAUACGAGAUCAAGUAUGACAAGGACGACUAUGUGCUGAGAGUGAAGAAGGCUUCCAUUAGUGAUGAAGGCACAUUCACCUGUGUGGCUGAAAAUCGUGUUGGCAAGCUGGAAGCCGCUGCCAGCCUCACAGUUAGAGCUCCACCUCAGUUUGUCGUUCGCCCAAGAGACCAAAUCGUGGCACAAGGGCGUACUGCCACCUUUCCGUGUGAAGCCAAAGGAAAUCCACAACCUGCUGUCUUCUGGCAGAAGGAGGGGAGUCAGAAUUUGCUGUUUCCCAACCAGCCCCAGCAGCCCAACAGUCGCUUUUCGGUGUCGCCCAGCGGAGAGCUCACCAUCUCAUCAGUGCAGCGGUCAGAUGCUGGUUACUAUAUUUGCCAGGCCCUGACCGUUGCAGGCAGCAUCCUUGCCAAGGCUCAGCUGGAGGUCACAGAUGUGCUCGCAGACAGACCCCCACCCAUUAUUCGUCAAGGCCCAUCCAAUCAGACUCUCGGGGUGGACAGCGUGGCCUUACUGAAGUGUCAGGCAUCAGGGGAUCCCAUCCCGUCCAUCAGCUGGCUGAAGGAUGGGUUCAGUCUUCUGGGAAAGGACCCUCGCAUGUCCCUGCAGGAGCUGGGCAGCUUGCAGAUCAAAAACGUCAAGCUUUCAGAUUCUGGGGUCUAUACAUGUGUUGCUACUAGUUCCAGUGGGGAAACAUCAUGGAGUGCUUUCUUGGAAGUAAAAGACCCAGGUGCAGUAAUAAUCAUGAAAAACAACGAUGAGGACAAACUUCCCGGGCCGCCAUCUAAACCUCAGGUCACUGAUGUCACAAGGAACAGCGUGUCCUUGUCUUGGCAGUCUGGAACGCCUGGAGAGACUCCAGUCACCUCCUAUGUCAUUGAAGCGUUCAGCCAAUCAGUGAGCAACAGCUGGCAAACAGUGGCAGACCAUCUGAAAGCCACACAAUUUACUGUAAAAAGUCUCCGUCCCAACACCAUCUACCUGUUUAUGGUCCGAGCGGUCAACAGCCAUGGCCUGAGUGAUCCAAGUCCCAUAUCUGAUCCUGUCAGAACACAAGAUAUAAGCCCUCCAGCUCAGGGUGUGGACCACCGGCAUGUGCAAAAGGAGCUCGGCGAGGUCAUAGUUCGGUUGCAUAACCCAGUUGUCUUAAGUCCCACAACCAUUCAGGUCACUUGGACAGUGGAUCGGCAAUCCCAGUUUAUACAGGGUUACAGAGUUCUCUACAGGCAAACAUCAGGACUACCUUCCCCAGGACUGUGGCAAACCCAGGAUGUAAAGAUCCCCUCUGAGCGCGGUGUUGUUCUUUCAUCACUCAAGAAAGGAAUUGUUUAUGAGAUCAAAGUACGACCUUACUUCAACGAGUUUCAAGGCAUGGACAGUGAAUCCAGAACGUCACGGACCUCUGAAGAAGCUCCUAGCGCUCCCCCUCAACAGGUUACAGUCCUGACUGUGGGAAACCAGAACAGCACUUCUAUUAGCAUCUCUUGGGACCCUCCUCCACCAGACCACCAGAAUGGCAUCAUUCAAGAGUACAAGAUCUGGUGUCUGGGGAAUGAGACGCGAUUCCACGUAAAUAAGACCGUGGAUGCGGCCAUACGCUCCGUGGUGGUGGGCGGGCUGCAGGUGGGAGUGGUGUAUCAUGUGGAAGUGGCUGCCAGUACAAGUGCAGGAGUUGGAGUCAAGAGUGAACCUCAACCAAUUUUCAUUGGGAAAGAAUUCCAGGAAGUGAUUAUUCAUGGAAACCGGAACAACAGCAUCACAGAGCAGAUCACCGACGUGGUGAAACAGCCUGCAUUUAUUGCUGGGAUUGGAGGUGCCUGCUGGGUCAUCCUUAUGGGUUUCAGCAUCUGGCUGUACUGGAGGAGGAAGAAGAGAAAGGGCCUGAGCAACUACGCAGUUCAGUCCUUCACCUUCACCCCUGCAGUGACGUUCCAGAGAGUGGAUGGUGGCCUGAUGAGCAAUGGAAGCCGGCCGGGCCUGCUGAAUGCCAGUGACCCGGGCUACCCCUGGUUAGCAGACUCUUGGCCUACAACCAGCCUGCCUGUCAACAGCAAUUCCGGGGGGCCAAAUGACCUGAGUAACUUUAGUCGAGGAGAUCUCCCCAAUGGACAAGGGGAAAAGACCGGCACUAUGCUGUCUGAUGGAGCCAUCUACAGCAGUAUCGACUUUACCACUAAAGCCAGCUACAACAGUCCUGGUCAAACAUCUCAAGCCACUCCGUACGCCACCACUCAGAUUCUCCACUCCAGCAGCAUCCACGAGCUGGCUGUGGAUCUCCCCGAGGCCCAGUGGAAGGCCUCCCUGCAGGCCAAGCAGGAAAUGGCCAACCUGGGCUACUCCCUGGUCGACAAGAACUCCUCCCUUGUUGACAAGAGCUCCUGCAACAACACCCUCCUUUUCAUUCCCGACUACCGAUUGGCCGAUGGAUUGUCUCAUAGAAUCCCACACAACCAAUCACAAGAUUUCAGCACCACCAGCUCUCACAACAGCUCAGAGCGAAGCGGCAGUCUCUCAGGUGGAAAGGGAGGCAAGAAGAAGAAAACGAAGGCAGCCUCCAAAUCUGCUAAAGCCAAUGGCUCCAACUGGGCCAACGUUCCCCUGCCCCCUCCCCCGGUUCACCCUCUGCCCGGCACUGAGAUGGACCUUUAUCCCAACGAGCACCAUGAAGGAGGAGGGUACGACAGUGACAGCUGGGGGACAGCCAUGCCGGUGCAGACGUACCUUCAUCAGGGCAUGGAAGACGAGCUGGAAGAAGAGGAGGAGAGGGUUCCCACUCCACCCAUCCGGGGGGUGGCCUCCUCCCCAGCCGCUGUGUCGUUCGGACAGCAGUCCACCGCCACCCUCACCCCCUCACCCCGGGACGAGAUGCAGCCAAUGCUGCAGGCUCAUUUGGAAGAGCUGACCAGAGCUUACCAACUGGACAUGGCUAAGCAGACAUGGCACAUGCAGGGAGGCUCGCUUCCUCCUCACGCUCCAGCUCCUCCAGUGGGCUACGUGUCGAGCACAAUGGUUUCCGACCUGGAGACCGACCUGCCUGAUGAGGACUUGGAUGAGGAGGAAGACGAGGAGGACGAGGGGUACGGAGCCAGGCAUCACCGCGGUAUCGAGCACACGCCGGGAUCUAGCAUGGACAACCUGGACAGCUCCUUAACAGGGUCCAUGGUGAAUGGGUGGGGCUCGGCCUCUGAGGAUGAGCGUAAUUUCUCCAGCCACAGGUCCAGUCUGGACAGUUCCUCUGAUGGCUCCAUCUUUACCCACUGCAGCUUUGCCCAGGCCCUGGUGGCUGCUGCAGACAAGGCAGGCUACCGCCUUGAGGGCACGAGCCUCAGCAAGAGAGGUAAAGGCUUGUCCCACAGGCCCCGGCCCAGCAGUCCAUUUUCAACAGAUGGCAGCACAGUCGGCACACACAGUUUAGGCCACCAGAGGGCUGCCAGGCCCACUCGCAAACCCCGAAAUCAGGGCACAGCACCCCACCGGAGGGACGCCGGUGCAGACGACCUACCUCCUCCCCCAGAGCCUCCUCCCAGUCAGGGGCAGGGUCGUAUCCAGGGUGCCCGCAGCAUCGGCAGCAUGGCACCACAGGGUGACAGGAAGGCUUCUUCCCUGGAGCGCACACCCAUGUCAGGACCUCUGUGUGGGCCAGACGACAUUAAGAGUUCUAUCGACAGACACCUGAGAACUUCUCUGGAGCAUCACCGCCAGAUUCAAGAGAGACUCGGCUCCAUGGAGCGAGCGGAGGAUGGGCAACGCGGGCACAAAGCAGAGGAUGGAUGCUUGCCAUACAGUAAGCCAUCAUUCCCCUCCCCUGGGGGCCACAGUUCUUCUGGUACAGCUUCCUCCAAGGGCUCGACGGGGCCACGCAAGACCGAGGGCCCACGGCAACCGCAGCAGUGGACCGCCUCGGAGCACGCAGAAUUCCUCGGAACUAACGGGCAAGGACAGUACACGGGAGAGUUAUAGUGUUGCUGCUGGACUUCCUCACCUGUGAAUUCUCUGAGGGAACUGCAGACAGAAGCAGUAUCACAGGAACUGUAAAUGUGAUGUAAAGAUACUGACAUGUCACUAUGUUUUUUUUUGUCCCCAAGACAAUAUUUUCCACCUACUGUAAUGUUCUUUUUGUUAAAAAAAAUAAUGCAAGUUUAAAAAAACAAAACAAAACAAAACAUCUGAAAACAGGUUUAUUUGGGGAAAAGGGAAUUUUUAUUUCCUGUAAAUAUUUUCUUUGACUUGUUGCAUUGCUAUGCAAACCUGAUUGAGUUUGAGCUUUUUAUUUCCAUUACCAGAAACAUUUGAGUUUUUUCUGGUUAUUUGUAUUAUAUGUGAAUUGAGUGGCUUUUGUGCCAAAAAAGAUAAUUGUUUUAUAAUCCUUCAUUUGUUGAUAGUCACCUUUAAUUAUUAUUAUUAUUUUUAUUAUCAUUAUUAAUUUUUUUAUGAUUCUUUUUGCACUGCGAUUUUUGGUGAUAAGCACAAAAACAUAGCUCCUGCUGACAUGAAGAACCGGAAGAAUAUGUGAAGAGGAGUUUCUGUACUGUAAAGUAAAGAGUAGAUUAUAUACUAAUGUACAGAGAGAUAUUAAAGAGGAACGCUUGGUUCCGACUGCCACAAGCGAGAGGCGCUGGUUUCCACGGUUCAGAUAAAACACGUUUCCUGAGGGUGUGAAGUGCAGACACGAGAUCAGAGGACGGAGAGGAAGGGUUCAGUGUUGCCGGGGUUUAUUUAUGUCUUCAGUUUCCGCUCCCCAAAAAACAGAAGCCUGUGUUGCUUUAGAAAUACUUGGAGGGGAUUUUUUUUUAUUUUUUAGAUAAUUUUUUCCAUUUCAGAAAAUGUGCUCCAAUCAGGGCAGAUUUGAGUUCUUGUUAAGGCCUUAAACAUACAAACAUCUACUAAAUAAUAUUUAUUAUUCUUACUUGCAACAACAAAUCCAGACCCUCCAAAAUCAGCAAUGGAGCAUUGAUUGUUUACAUGUUUUAGUUUGUAUGUGUUUUAGUUCCAUCCAUUGCUUUUUUAAGCACUUAAUUUUGUUUAAUGGAAUUCUUUUAUGACUAAACUCCCCCAGGAAGGAAAGAAAACGUUCAAACCAGUUUCUUAAAGUUGCCGUAGAAGUUGGUGCCUCAGAUAUUGAAACGAUUAGCACAGCCUCAUGUCAGAAAGAAGGCCGAGUGAGAGUUUUGAGCUUUUGGCGUGGAGGUGGCGACGGAGAAAAAGGCCUCGUCCCCCCCCUCACCCCGAGGCUUCCACUGCCUCCCCGUCUGCAGACACAACGUGGAGCAGAACACUUUCUUACUGCCUGACUGCCACAAAAACACGCCGCUUUUAAAACCUUCACCCCGAUUUUUCCAUUUUUUUGAUUUGGACAUCGUCCCUCCUUUGAGAAGCUUCUGUCUUCGUAUGCCUUUUAUGGACUCCAAAACGCUGCUUAAAACAAUGUUUUGAAUUGUAAUGUUCAGGAUUUUUUGUGGUUCGAUGACUGUUUGUCUUUUUGUUUUUCUUCUUUUUGUACUACUAAUGUUAAUAAAUGGGGUGGGAAACUAAAGGCCAUCAGAUGCUGUUGUACUGUUGUUGUUUUGCCAUCUUUAUUUUUAUUUUUAGCCAUCCACCUAGUGGCCAGUGUUCUGGAAAUGAGGUGCAGAGAGUAUCUCAGGUUAUUUUACAUUCUGGUGGUGUUCAUGUGUGUAUAUAUGUGUAUAAAUAUCCAUAUACAUCCCCACUUGAUGAUGCCAUUCCAAUGUCAUCAAUGCAAACCUCCCACUCAUGUCAGAUUUCUGUCCUUUUCUUUCUGCUGUGGACUAUAAUGAGCUGGUUGAUCCAUCUUUGGACAAGAUGUCAGUAAGAGAACAAGCCAAAUUAAGAUUGAUAUUUCUAACGUCUAUUGCUUUUUAGUGUCUCUUUAAUACCCAUUGUUUUCUUUUUAAAAUCACAGUGUCGUUUUGUAUUUAUUAAAAAGAUAAUAAAGGUAUAUUGUGAAAUAUGCAUAAAGAUUUGUGAGAUAUAAAACGUGUUUUUCCGUUCCUUGUAAAGUUUGUUGUUGGAGCCGAGCAGCAAGGCCAUAAGGAGACGCGCCCCUGGCGCGGUCGGAGAAGCGGGUCGGCGGUCGUCCGAGUCACUCUUCGUCUUGCAUGUUCACUGCACUGCUCUUCUCAUGUCAGAACUAAAGAGACUUUUCCACACAAGGAGUACGAACGCUCAGUUUGCUUGUGAAGACAAUAAAGAAAUCGUCUUUUUAAAAGGAUGAAAGUGCUUUCCCUCUUUUGUUCAUUUUCUCAAUAUUGUUGGUUCUUUGUAGCCUAUCUGUAUGUUGCAUUUUUGCUAUAAAAGAGGAUUAAAAUGACAAAAAGAGAAAGUUGCUGGGUGAAGUUUUUAUUUUAUUUUUUUUUCCUGUACAGCUCAGGGGUGAGGCGACACCCCAUAUCAAAUACCAUUUCUACAAUACAGUUCCUGCUCCUUUUUUUUCCUUUGUGCACCACCUUCUGUACUCACAUGCAUGUCCUUGUCAAAGAGAGUGGAUCAAGAAAAAACUAACAAAAAAAAUAAACUUUUGCAGUCUCUUUACCUGUAAAAUAAAAUCAAUGCUUUAAUUUCCUUGUACCUGGAUCGAUCUCUAAUAAAAUAUUUUUCAAAACUG